AUGUCUUUUGCUUUCUUGCGAGUUGUUUGUCCCACAUCGGACUUCUCAAACAACUCCGGAGUCCUUGAGCCACUAGGAGAAAAAAACCGGUCUUUUCUGAGUCCCAAAACCUUGGCCUGCCAUGGCAGGCCAAGCAAGAGCCAGCAGAGGAAAAAUAGGAAGUAUUUUAGUCCCACACAUGUUGAUUUGAGGCACUCUAGCUUGGGCAGCUCGAGUUUAGACAAUGGAAGUCGAUUUUCUCCACCUUCAAGUAUGGUGGCAAGCCCUGCUGCUGACAUCGCUUUAACAUCUGAGCAAAAAGUUUAUGAUGUUGUCUUAAGGCAGGCAGCUUUGGUUAAGAGGCAAUUGGAGUCGAAAGAGGAUUUGGAGGUGAAGCCAGAUAUUGUUCUUCCGGGAGCUCUUAGCUUGUUGACUGAAGCUUAUGAUCGUUGUAGGGAAGUAUGUGAGGAGUAUGCUAAGACUUUUUAUCUCGGGACCAUGCUGAUGACCCCCGAGAGAAGGAAAGCUAUCUGGGCAAUAUAUGCUGAUGAAGCACUGAGGAACCUUGGGAUGCCUCUUUAGUUUUGACUUUUAAAAAUUUUGAAGUACCUUUGAAUCUUUUUCUAUUUUCUUCCUUUUCUAUACAACCAGCAAGAAGUACACCAGAUCUUGUGAUCUGUUGUAGUAGUUGAUGAAUUCUCAUAGUAUUGGCAGCAUAUUUCAAAUAUUAACAUUAUAACUGCAAUUCAUGUGAGGUCAACCAUUAACUGUCUCCUCGUUCUACUGCUAUUUCCAUCAUAUUAUUGUGUAAUUUAAAAGAAGGCAUGAUAUGUGUUAUGUUCA